AUGAAUAGAACAAACAGCACCACAGCGGAAGAUCAAAUCAACCCUCAAGUUGAAUCUCUGCAAGUGUCCAGCGGAGAUAGUCCGGCCACCGCACAUUCCAAUGCGCUUACGCCAUCGCAUGAACAUGAAAAGAGCCAUGAAUACAGCGUUCAAAAUGCAGAGGAAUCGACCAUCACGCGCCAUUAUUGGUCUCGCUUUGUCGAUGUAGUAUAUUGGACGCCGCCGCGAUGUCGAUGGGAUCCAGAGAAUCCCUCCACCUUCGGCUUGCCUUUGAAUAUCCUAUUCGCAUUCUCCGGCACAUUCACGGUUGCCAAUCUAUACUAUUCGCAUCCUAUACUGGAUGUGCUUGCCCAAUAUUUUGGCGUUACCCAUGAGCGCGUCUCAUUAGUUCCGACCUGCAGUCAGGCUGGGUAUGCGACGGGUCUAAUCCUUCUGUGUCCUCUAGGGGACUUGGUUAGAAGAAGGCAUUUUGUUCUGUUAUUGACGCUCAUCACCGCUGCCUUGUGGAUUGGACUGUGUAUAACAAAAUCGUUCGAGGUAUUUCUUGUUAUCAGCUAUCUAAGCUCCGUGACUACUGUGACUCCACAAAUUAUGCUCCCACUGGUUGGUGAUCUCGUGCCCCCAGCUCGCCGCGCAACAGCCCUAUCUAUCGUUUCAUCUGGACUCGUCCUAGGACUUCUUUUCGCGCGUCUUCUAUCAGGAAUAGUAGCAGAGUACUCCUACUGGAGAAACAUCUACUGGCUGUCCCUCGCCCUUCAAUUUCUCAUCUUUGCCCUCCUCUGGAUGUUCAUGCCUGACUACCCAAGAACAAACAUCAACAUUUCCUACUUCAAGAUCCUAUACUCAAUAAUCGGCUAUUACUGGACAUCACCGGUCCUAGUCCAAGCAACGCUAAUGGGAUUCUUCCUUUCCGCCACAUUCACCAGUUUCUGGACAACACUCACCUUCCUAUUAUCGGGAGAUCCAUACAAUUAUCCCACUCUAACAAUAGGGCUGUUCUCCUUAGCAGGACUAACACCAAUGUUCCUGGGGCCCCUAUAUUCACGAUACAUGAUCGACAAAUUUGUGCCGCAGUUCUCUAUCCUCCUCAGUCUGAGCAUCCUCAUCAUCGGCGUUAGUGUCGGUACCUAUACGGGAACUUAUAGUGUCGCCGGUCCAAUUAUCCAGGCUGCACUGCAAGACUUUGGUCUGCAGAUGACACAGGUUGCGAAUCGGACUGCCAUCUACAGUGUUGCGCCGAAGGCUCGAAAUAGGAUCAAUACUGGCUACAUGAUUGGUGUGUUCUGCGGCCAGUUGAUGGGUACUUCCGUUGGGAAUCGAAUUUAUAGUGAAGGGGGUUGGAUUCUGACGGGGAGUGUCAGUUUGGCAUUUAUUGGGGCCGCCCUUCUUAUUUGUCUCUCUCGUGGUCCGGCUGAGAAGGGUUGGAUUGGGUGGCAUGGUGGUAUUCGGAUUCGACGAACAGAGUAA